AUCCUUUACUCACGUUAGAUGUCUCUACAAUCGGAUCACAAUAAAUGAAAAUAAGAAAUUAAAUAUUAUUGUAUUUAACUGUUUUUAACAAUAAAUAAGAAUGCUAAAUUCUGCCAUGAACGAACGUGAAAUUCAGUGCCAAAAUUUAGAUGACUUUACAAAAAAAAUACAUCAAGAAAUUGUUGAAAUUACCUCUUCUUUAAAUUGGACGAUGGAAAGUAUAAAAGCUGAUAAUGAUAAUAUGCUGGUUUGUCCAUACGAGUCAUCUCAUCAAAUUAGUAAAAAAAUGCUAUAUCGACAUUUGGAGUGCUGUCAAUGGAAACAAGAAGGUUACAAUGAAUUUGAUAUUCCUCUGCCUGAGUCAAAUUUGCCAUCAAACUCAUAUUCCUCAAUAAAAUUAGAUUCUAAGAUGCAAAACAGUAUUUUACAACAAGAAAAAGAGAAACAUCCAACCUUGAAAAUUGGUUCGGAUGAGCGAUUAAUUCCAAGAACAUCCAAUAGAAUCUUCACAGAUUUUACGUGUGAUGAGAGGAAAGUUUUAUAUGAUUAUGUUACUUCAAAUACAAUCAAGCCUGACAUUGGCCAUGAUAUUACAGAUAUUCAGAAAUUAAGCCAGGAUAAAGAACAUAAGAAACUAUCCUUCUUGGAAUUGCUUAUACAAGAACGUAAUUUAAAAAGACGCCGGGCUAAGCACAGGGGUGUGCAUACAAAUAAAAAAUCUCAUAUAGAGGUUCUCAGGGAAGUUAUACAACAGCAGAUGGAGUUAUAUAGCGAUUAUGUAACAGAAACACGUACAACUAAUUGCGAUGAGAAAACUAUUACCGAAGCUCAAAAUUCUAAUAAUAGUCCUAAUAACGUGGUCAACGAAUUUCCAUCAAAAUAUGGUGACGAUCUUAUAGAAGAUCAGGAGGAUCGUCGCGGUAAUUGUAGUUCUCAAUAUAAGAAAUAUGAGCACUACGAGAAAUCAUAUGCCACUUACCCAAAAGAUUCAAAACAAAGAGAGAGUUCACGAAGUAUAACAGAAUCAUCGAAAGCACAAAAGACAAACAUAAAACAUAAACAUAAACAUAAACGUAAAAGAUCUCAUUCGAAGGAACGUGAUCACGAUAGAAAAAGUAAACACGGAUCUACGCGGUCACAUAAAAAAUCUCGUAAAAAUGAGAAAUCGUUCGAUAAUAAUACCUAUUCUAAACGAAGUAGUGAUCGUCGAGAAAGUCAUGAAAAACUAAUAUUAUAAUUAUUAACCUUGUAUGAUUAUUGAUUUGCAAAAUAUUCUGUAUAAAUAAAAUUAUCUCCAUAUAA